AUGAAUGAAAAUUCUAUGGAUAAUAAUACUAUCUUAGUUGAACAUUCAAGUACAGAACAAGGUCCUCAUGUUAACAAGGAACGACAUGAAAAAUCAACUCAAAAUGAAUCCAUUUCAGCAAAAAUGGCCACUGUUACGAAUAAAAAGCAGAAAACGCCAAUAAUUCCAACACCUUUGGAAUAUUCGUGUUGGUCACGACAUCGAUCUUCAACUGCUGCAGGUGCAUUUGCUGUAUUCACAGUUGUAGCAAUGGUUAUUGGUAUACUAACAGUUCGUUUCACUUCACCACAAGCUAUUGGUAUGCUCUUUUUUAUUGAUAUGUUAGCCACUUAUUGUAGGUAA